AUGAAAAACCAAGAUUAUGAGGAAUAUGAUUAAGAUUAUGAAAAAAAGGAGAUAGACAUUAUGGAGAAAUUACAUAAGAAGAAAAUGGCAGUAAUAGAAAGGUGCUUUCCGGACAAAAAUUCAAAAGGUUAGGGAUUGACAAUCUAACAGUUUCUGAAAGUCAUGUUAGAGCAUUUGGAUUACAAUAAGGAUUCAAAAGAGGAGACAAAGAAAAUUACAUUGGCCUUGAUUGAAUUGUUUAAGGAAAUAGAUGUGAAUGGUGACGGUACAAUGGAGUGGGUUGAAUUUAGCAAUCACAUAAUUGAAUUAGGAUUAUUGAGAAACGAUAGAUCAUUUAAGGACGUAAUAAAGAGUUACCACCCAGCUGAAAACAUAAAGGAUGAGCAGAAGCAUGAGACUGUGAUAGAUAGAGUGUAUUUUUUUGACAGGUUGAAGAUGCUUUUAGUGUUAGAGAAGGAGUCCCCAAAGUUUAAGGUCUAUAACUCCAACACAAGUGAAUUGAUUUGGAAUGUAAAUGCCCACAAGGGAUAUGUGUUGUCAGCAGAAUUUAUUCCUGAUCAAAAUUUAAUUGCGAGCAGCAGCAAUGAUUUGACAAUCAAUUUCUGGGACUCAAGUAGUUUUAACUUAAAGUAAAUUCUCUCCGUCCCAGAAAUAUAAUUGUGCAUGAGAUAUGCAAGAUGGAGUUCAUCACAAUCUAAUUUUCUAUACACAGGAGGUUCGGAUUCUAUAAUUCACAUCUAUGAUACAUAUGAUUUAAAGGAAAGAGGAACAUUAUCAGGUUGGAACCCAUUCAUCAAAAGAGACUCAUAACAGUAUGGACAUUCAUCUCCAAUUGGCGACAUACUGGCAAUAGAUCAGUAAAACACUCUAGUGACUGGAGGUUUAGAUGGCAAUAUUUGUUUGUGGGACAGUGCUACUCAUCAGCCUAAGAAAGAGUUAAGAGGCCACGAAAAAGGAGUGUAUAGUUUAGAUUGGAGUGAUUGGAGUCCAAUGAAUUAAUGUUUGAUAAGUGCUGGAUUAGAUCAUGAAGCAUUUGUGUGGAAUACUUACGUAAAAGAAAAGAUUUUCUUACUGAGAGGACACAACCAUCCCUUAGUUGGAGUUAAAUGUUUGCCCAGGACUUCUUAAGUAGUGACAGCAGACAUAUCAGGAAUGGUUAAAGUGUGGGAUGUCAGAAACUUUCUUCAAAUAUAAACCUUCAAUGUUCCUGCUGAUGAAAUCCAAGCAUUUACAUUAACAUAUCCAAAGAAACAAAUUGUGGUUGGAGCAAGAAAGAUGUUUUUCUAUGAAUACGAUGAGCCUAAAGAUUAGAUGUUGACUGAUGAGAAAAUGUGUCUCAAGGUUUUAUAUAAUUAAACAUUAACUUGCUUCAUCACUCUUCAUCCGGAUAGUGUUAAGACUUGGGAUGCCAGAACUGGAAAACUGUAAUAGGUUUAUAGAGAAUUGAGUGUUGCUGAAUUAACUACAAUGAUUAUUGAUGCAAGAUAAAGGAAGUUGUUUAUCGGAGAUGCAGAAGGCAGAAUAUUUACAGUAAAUAUCAAAAAUGGUGCAAAAAUGAAGAAAUUUGAAAGACAUCAUAAAAUGAUUACUGACUUAGCUCAUUGGAGUAAUGACACCAAUAGGAGAGUCAUUAGUUGCAGUAGAGAGGAUACUGUUAAUAUCCAUGAUGAAGAUUCUCAAGAUGCUCACAAAUCUUGUAGAUACAAGAUGAAGUAACAUCAUCUAAGUGUCAAUUCACUUCAUGUAAAAUAGGACAGCGAACACUUAGUCAGUUGUGCUGAUGAUGGAGCCAUCUUUAUUAUAGAUUUGGUUUCUUAUAGACAAGAGUUAGUUUGGAAAGGCCAAUAUGAGUUGAAAAAAGUGAUGUUUUUGGAUACCCAUAAUUGUAUCGUGAGUGUUGAUUCUAUUGGGAAUGUAUACUUCAUAGGAGUCUUGGAAAGCAAAUUCAAAUCUAAGUUACUAUUGUAAAAGACCUAUAAAGCCAUCUCUUUGACUAAUUAGGAAGAAACAUUUCCUGUGACUUCAAUAAAUUACCAUGAUGAUUUACUAUAUUUGGGCGAUGAGUUAGGUAAUCUAAAGAUCUGGAAUAUUAAACAAGUCUUGGAUAAGGUGGAUCUUCAUUAAGUAGAGUAAAAGAUAAAGACGAGAAAGAACAAUGAUGCUGACACAUUUGUAACAGCCAUGGACUAUGGAUAAGAAGAUAUUGCUUAAAUAUUUGUUAUAGGAGACAUUAAGGAAGUCGGGUAUUAAAGAAAAGCCCAUUAAGAUGGUAUUACAUUCAUAGAGGUUUGCAAAGAUGGGUCGCAUUUUGCAACAUCCUCAUUUGAUUGUUGUUGUUAUUUGUGGGCAUUUAAAAAUGGAUAGAUCUCAAAAAUAGGUGCAUUAAUUUUGGGCCAUGAUGCUAAUUGGGGUUACAGAAUAGAUGAAAAGUCUAGAGCUGAAGCCGCAGAAUAGGAAGCCAAUGAAUUAUUGGAGGAAUUAAAAGAUACGAUUAUCCCAACCAAAGUUGAGAAAAGUGAUGGACAAAUCAGUUCAUCUAAGCAACAAUUACUGGAUCGAUUGUAUGGGAGUAAAUAACAAAAGGAUUAGUAAAAACAAUAAAUUUAAGCAGAAAAAGAAGACAAAAAGGAAAAGGCUUUGGGUAGAGCAAAGAAUGCUUUGAAGGCAUACGAACAAUUCAAACAAAAGUAGUUCUCAUACUAGAAUCAACAAAAUUAGAAUGAUUAGGAUCUCAAAAAGUAUGAUGACUCAGAAUAUAAGGACGUGUUCUAAUAAUAAGACUAUGAUGAAGAAGAAGAAGACAAUUACAAUAUUCUAACUGAUCUUCAAGAAUUCAAACAAUAAUAACUAUCAUCAGGUGUAUAUUCAAGCAAAAAUGCUUUCAAAACCAAAUUAAUUAAAGGACAUCACAAAUCCAAAUUUUCUUGA